AACACGCAACGUUUUGGGCGCGUUAGCUUUUCUGACGUCUGCGGAGCUGACGUGCCAACCCACUGCAACAAUGGAGGAAGUAAGAGUGUUUCCUCUGUCCUGUGUGGUACAGAAGUACGCCUGGGGGAAGGUGGGGUUAGACAGUGAGGUGGCCAAGCUUGUCGUUAGUGGAGAUCCAUUGGCUGUGAUUGAAGAAGACAAACCCUAUGCAGAGUUGUGGAUGGGUGCCCAUCCCAAAGGAGAUGCCGUCAUCCGAGAUAACCGGAUUUCCCAGAAGACACUGGGGCAAUGGAUAGCGGAUCAUCCUGGCUGCUUAGGGUCGAAGGUCAAGGAUGCUUUCCAGGGCCAGCUGCCCUUCCUGUUCAAAGUCUUGUCUGUCAACAUUGCGCUCUCCAUCCAAGCUCAUCCCAACAGGGAGUUAGCAGCAAGGCUCCACACUCAGUUCCCUGAGCAUUACCCUGACAGCAAUCACAAACCUGAAAUGGCCAUCGCACUCACCCCCUUUGAGGGGCUCUGUGGCUUCCGGCCUGUGGAGGAGAUUGGAGAAUUUCUAAAAAAGGUCCCCGAGUUCCUCGCCCUGGUUGGGAACGCGGCAGCGGAGGAGCUGCAGAGCAGUGUGGAAGACCUCCUCAGAGUGCCCGGAGCCCUGAAGAAGUGCUUCACUAGGAUGAUGAACUGCGAGAAGAAGGUGUUUGUCAACCAGCUUAACAUUCUGGUCAAAAGAGUCUCGGAGGAAGCGGCCGCCGGGAAAGAUACAACCGGAAGUAAUGGAGAAUUGUUGCUACGGUUACACUCCCAGUUUCCGGGUGACAUCGGCUGCUUCUCCAUCUACUUCCUGAACAUGGUAAAGUUGGAACCAGGAGAGGCCAUGUUCCUGGGAGCCAACGAGCCUCAUGCUUACCUGUUUGGAGACUGCAUCGAGUGCAUGGCAUGUUCCGACAACACAGUGCGAGCAGGCCUGACUCCCAAGUACAUUGACGUCAACACCCUUUGUGAGAUGCUGAGCUACACUCCAGCUCCAGCCAGCUCUAAAAUCUUCCCUGUGUCCCGGGACCCUUGCGAUCCCUUUCUUUUCAUGUACGACCCCCCUGUCCCAGACUUCACUGUCAUUAAGAUACAGGUCCCUACGUCGGUGAAGCAGUACACAGUGUCCCCCAUUGACUCUGCCAGCAUCCUGCUGGUGGUGCAGGGAGAGGCCACCGGUGCCUCUACAGCAGGCCUCUCAGAGAUGAGCAUUAAGAGCGGCUCAGUGCUCUUCAUCUCCGCCAGCGAGAGCGUGUCUCUGCACAUCACCUCACCCGCAGGCAUGCUGCUCUUCCGGGCCUGCUGCCUGUUGUAGGUCCAGGGAACACCAGGUCUGGGACUACGUAGCAAUAGACUGGUCUUAGAACUGGGCCGGAAACUACCUAGACACUGUAACUUUUGUCAUCCUUAAAAAAAAAAAAAAUAAUUAAAGAAAAAAAGAGAGGGAAAUAAAACCAGGUUGUGCAAAGUGAACAGGAGUGGAAUAUUGAGUUCAUUAAUGCUGGAUUGACACACAGUUUUUAAGUGCUUUUGGGACAAUGUGACAAGUUAAUUGGUCCCAAUGCAUUUUGAGGGGAUGUUUAGUGAAUCCAACAGUAGUUUCACUCCUUGAAGCACAUGUAAACAAAAUCAAAAAUAAACAUUAGUUUAAUUCUAGUGGACUCUUACAAAAAUUUCUUCUUUGUAACAGCAGUUCUGUCUUAGCACUCAGGAAAGACGAAGGUUAGGGCAGCUGCAGUACCCUAUUGUCAGUGCCUACACAUGGUGAGGCACCAUGCCCUGCUGUCAUGUCCCCCCCCCACCCCCCAGUUGUGUACAUGAAUGUGAAAUAACAUUAAAUACUCUGGAUGAUAUGUUUGCAUCUCAGUGAUAUCAGAAUAAAUUAUUAAGUUAUACUUGUUACCAUAUUUUAACAUUGCAUACAAUUUAGCAUUGCUUGAUUAGGUUUAAAAUCGCGGUGUGAUCCUCAAACAAGUGUAAAAAGUAUUCACAAGUUAUCUAGAAGCUGCGGUAAAUCCAGAGCAGGUUGUGCCAAAUUUUAAAAGUUUUCACAAGUUGUCUAGAAGCUGUGGUAAAUCCAAAGGAGGUUGUGCCAAAUUUUAAGAUUCACUGAAUGGAUGUCAGUACUUAUGAUAAAGACCUUUCAUUACUAAACAUAUUGUUUAUUUGUGACACAUGCUAAGACUUCAGUAUUUUAUAAACUAGUCCAUUCAGACAGGUACAUGGUUGAAUAUCUGAAACCACAGGGAUACUUUGGAUACAUUGUUGUAGGCAAGUCUGAAAACAUAUUUUAAUUUAACUAUUAAGAAUGCUAAGAAUGGAAGAUGGACAGGUCCACUGAACCGGUAUGCAUACCAGCAUGGGUUUGUUUGUCAAACAAAUAGUGUAUGAACGUUUAUGUUUGUAAAACCUUUAAUAAAUAUCUAAUGAGUAAUGCA